AUGGAGCCGAAAUGGUGGCGGCAGCUUGAAAAAAACGUUCAGGAGAAAGUGGCGGACGUGAAUUCGCCAGCGGUGCAGCGUUUUAUUCGUGAGUCGUUCAAAAGGAACAAAUUUACGAGUGCUCUGAUGCUUUUCGCACUCCUCACACCGUCAGCGUUUCUUCUCUCCUUCUACUCCUCCAAGUUUGCCUCCGUUUGGGAGAAUUGGCGCGACCCGUACGAACUGCCGCCGGGCUUCGACCCAAAAACCGGACAAUUUGUUUUGGAUGAUGCACCGAAGAGGCGCGCAGAGCUGCCGCAGGCCCUGGUUUUGAAGACUGUGCCCGGCAAAUGA